AAGGCUUAGUGUUCCUUCAUUUAGAAUAUUGUAAUUUGACCAAUUUCCUUGUAAUUUUUUAAUUUCUUUCAAAUAAAGAGCUACAUAUAUUUUUUUUUAAAAAGUAGAAACUUAAUUUCAUUCAGCCAAUGAAAAAUUUUCACACCCAAUAUCUGCAUGACCAUAUUACAGUCACACAUAGACAUGUGGAUACUUUUUCCAUAUAUCCCUUCUUGCCUCUUCUCCAGGAUGAAAAGGAUAUUCCUUCACAGAGAAGCAUUUUACCCAGGUGAUGUUUGUAUCUAUUUAAAUAUGCAAAUCCAAGAGUUGCAGGCAAUCUGUACCUCUAAUGAUUUUAUUCCUCUUUUUCUAUUCCAACUAUACCUACAGAGAUUUCAGCAUUUUUCCAAGACCAGCAAAAUAUGAAGAAAUUCUGUGCUGAAAGAGGUGAGGAAAACUUCAGAAGAAAUGUUUGAAGUUAGCAGAGACUGGUUCAUGAGGUUUAAGGAAAGAAGCUGUCUCCAUACCGUCAAAGUGCAAGGUGAAGCAGCAGGUCCUGAUGUAGAAACUGCAGUAAGUUAUCCAGGAGAUCUAGCUAAGUUUUGAUUACUUGAAUUUGAACACAAGUGUGCUGUCUCAGGAAUCCUUAUCAUCUGAGGAUGUCACUGUGGGCUUCACUCAGGAGGAGUGGCAGCGGCUGGACCCUGCUCAGAGGGCUCUGUACAGGGAUGUGAUGCUGGAGAACUAUAGUCAUUCAUCUCAGUGGGGUUUUGCAUGCCUAAACCAGAACUGAUCUUCAAGUUGGAAUGAGGAGAGCAGCCAUGGGUAUUAGAGACAGAGUCUCCAAGCCAGAUCUACCCAGAAGUCUGCAGGAUUGUUAACCAGCUGGAACAGAGUCAGGAAAUGCACAACAGACCUAUUUAGCAAUCUCCAUUUAUCAACAACAAAACACUGACUAUAGAGAGAGGUAAUAUAUUAGGAAAAAUGUUUAAUUUCAGCACAUACCCAGUUCCUUUUAUAAAAAUACCCUGUAAAUGUGACACAAGUGGGAUGAGUUUGAAAUAUAUUUCAGAAUUAAUUAUUGAGAAAAACUAUUUAAGAAAGAAGUCUGAUGAUCUCAGUGCAUAUGAAAAAUUAUUCCUUCAGAGUAACCAUGAAAAAGCUCAUGUGAGAGAGAAACCUUAUGAAUUAAUUCAGAAUGGAAAGUAUGUCAGUCAAAAUGAAGUCUUCUUUCCAUAUGAGAAAAUUAAACAUGUAGAGCAGUUGUUUAAAUAUAAAGAAUGUGGGAAAGAUUUCUGUGAGAAGACAGUUUUCAUCACAUAUAAACAAGCUCACAAAAGACAAGGUCCUUGUGAACAUAAUGAAUGUGACAAAACAUUCUGUAAUUAUUCAGUUCUCAUGGUCCAUAAGAUGACACAAAAAAGAGAAAGUCUUUAUGAGUUUAAUGAAUAUGGUAAAACCUUUGAAAAGGUAUUUCUCUUGAAACAUUUGAAGCUGAAAGAUUAUGAACAUAAUGACAAAGUGGAUAAGUUCAGCAGAUCAAACUUUAUUGACACAGGAGAGAAAACGUUUGGAUGUAACAACCUGGGGGAGCCUUUCUGGGAGAAGUCACUUCUUAAUGUAGCUCCGAGAACAUGCAUAGGAGACAAGGUCUGUGAAUGUAAUGAAUGUGAAAAAGCAUUCGGUGAAAAGCCAAAACUCCCCAAACAUCUGAGAGUACAUACAGGAGAGAAACCUUUUGAAUGUAAUGAAUGUGGGAAAUGCUUCUCUAGGAAAUCCCUUCUCACUUUACAUCAGAGAAUCCACACUGGAGAGAAACUCUCUAGGAAUUCACACCUCAUAAUUCAUCAGAGAACUCAGACAGGAAAGAAACCCUAUGAAGGUAAAGAAUGUGGAAAAAGCUUCUACCAUAAGUCAUAUUUCACAGUACACCAGAGAAUUCACACAAGGGAGAAACCCUAUGAAUGUAGUCAAUGUGGGAAAACCUUCAUAAGCAACUCAGUUCUCAAAAUACAUCAGAACACACACACAGGUGAGAAACCCUAUAAGUGUAAUCAGUGUGGGAAAUUCUUCUCCAGGAAUGCAUACCUUGCAAUAUAUCAGAGAAGUCACACAGGUGAGAAACCAUAUGAAUGUAAGGUAUGUGGGAAAACCUCUUGUCAUAAGUCAGAUGUCACCAAACACCAUAAAACUCACAUGGGGAGACCCUAUAAAUGUAAUGAGUGUGAGAAAACCUUCAGUGGCAAUUCAGGCCUAAAAGUUCACCAGAGAACACACAAAAAACCCUAUGAAUGUAAUGAAUGUGGGAAAUCAUUCUCUGAGAAAUCGGUCCUCAUGGUAUAUCAGAGAAUACACACAGGGGGAGAACCUUACAAGUGUAAUGAAUGUGGAAAUACCUUUUACAGUAAGUCUGAUCUCACUAAACAUCAGAGAACUCACCCAGGUGAGAAACCCUAUGAAUGUAAGGAAUGUGGGAAAUUCUCUAGAAACUCAUACCUUACAGUUCACCAGAGAACUCACACAGGGGAGUAACCCUAUGUGUGUAAAAAAUGUGGGAAAACCUUCUACUAUAAGUCUGACUAUACAGUACAUAAGAGAACACAAAGAGGGGAGAAGUCUUAUUACUGUGAUCAGUGUGGGAAAACCUUCACUUUCAAUUCAGUCCUCAAAUCACAUCAGAAAACUCACACAGGGGAGAAGUCCUAUGAAUGUAAUGAUUGUGGGAAAUCUUUCUCUGAAAAAUCAGUCUUUAUUGUACAUCAGAGAAUACACACAGGAUAAACCUUAUAAGUAUAGUGAAUGUGGGAAGCCCUUCUAUCGUAAGUCAGAUCUCACUAAACAUCAAAGAACACACACAGGAGAAAAGCCCUGUGAAUGUAGUCAUUGUGGGAAAACUUUCAGUUGCAACUGAGGUCUCAAAGUACAUCAGAGAAGGCACGUGAAUGAGCAAGCCUAUGAGUGUAUUGAAUUUGGGAAAACCUCUAAGAAAUCAUUUCUCACAGUACAUUCAAAAUUACAUACAGGGGAAAGUCUUUUAAAUAUAUUAAUAGCAAAGAGAGAAAUCUUAGUACCUAGCUAUUCAUACCUUGAAAUACUGUGGAAAAUUCAUACAGGACAUGAUCCUUAUUAGUGUAAAGUGGUAAAGUUUUUACUCUAAGUCAUAUUCCACAGCAAAUGAAAGAGUUACCAUGGGAGAAAUUACUGUGAAUUUGAUGAAUAUUUUUAAUAAGACAACUUAAAAUGAAUACAUGUGGAAGAAAUCCUACUAAUAUAUGUGGGAGUGUGUGGAAACAUAAAUUAGGACUUAUUAAAUAAUUUAAGUAAGAGAUAAUCUUAUGAAUCAAACAGAUGUAGGAAAAUUUUCUUCCAGAACUUGGCUACUACUAAUAGUCAUAUAUACCACACCUGGGGAAAGCUGUCAACAUCUUUUUUUUUUUGAGAUCUUCAUACACAAGUUGUA